GCGGACUCCGAUUCAGUCUGUAGAGAUUCCGCUUCGCUGUCAGACGCAGACCCUUUGUUUGCUGCGCGGAUCGCCGUCCGCGUCUGUGAGAAAGUGACCUCCCAUUUCAUCCAUCCAACUGCCUCUCUAUCUUUCUUGAAGGUGAAUCAGAAGGCCCCAUUUUCGUCGCUAUAAGAAUCGAUCGCGGCCGAAGAGAUCGCAAGAAUUGUGCGAUUACGGAUCUUUUUCACAGCUACCUUUGAUGCAGUGCUGCACAGAACCAGAACGAAAUCGCGAGAGAAUUUCGCUUGUUUGGUGAGAGAGUAUGCGAUUUUUAUUCGCUUCAGAAUUGAGGAAAACUCUGACAACGAAUGAAUAUAGUGCUGACGCUUGCCGUAUGAAUGAGUUCUGAAUUUGAAGGUUAAAUCCAUUGUUUUUGUGAUCGUGGGUGACAUCAAAACAAAAACAGAAAACGAGAAUAAUGUGAAUAAUUUGGAAUGCAGUUCUAAGUGCUAAUCAACGCCGCAUCCGUUCGGGUGGCCAUAAAAAAAUCAGUGUUCAGUAGUGACGGAAUCGAGUGAAUGACAGCUUUGUGGGAUUCGGGAGCGAAAAAAAACAUCAAGAAUUGCGGAAUUGCGGUCAUUUAUUCGGACGACUAUCGACAGCAACAAAAAGUCGAUUUGUACGGAUCGUAGCAGGCGAGAAACGAACGAUCAAGCGCAAAAGCCACAAAUUGAUUUGGUACGUUCCCGAAGGAAGCUUGUGAAGAAAUUCCUCUUGACCAAUCUCGUUUUUCUCCAUUUCAUCCAGCUUUUCUUUGCGCAAGAGGGAGAGAGUGUCACAACUGUUGUCGUUGUGUGUAUGUGUUGGUGAACCAAAGAGCAGAAGAAGUUACAAGACGACAACGUCGACCAGGUUCGUCGCCUUGAAGACAAAUUCUUCUUUCGACACAACACAGAGAAAAAAAAGUAGGCGACGUCUCGGUCUCGGUUGAGUGACCUGGCAACUGGCAAAGCUCCGAAAUUGAUUGACCCCGAAAGGGCCUACUUUGUUGGGUGGUGAUUUUUUUUUCGGUUUUCUCUUGUUGUCUAAGUGACGCGGUGAUUUCGCAAACAAGUGACGAAGUGCGAUUGUUUUCGAUAGAAAAAAAAAUCGACAAUACAUUGUCCGAUAAAUUUACUGAGGAGAAAAGAAGCGCUCGUAAAUCGCGUCGUGACAAGCUUACGGGGAAAACUGAAGGCAGAAGAGUUGUGGUGCUGACGAAUAGUCUUAUGAAUUUUCCUAUCGGAAAGUUCAUGAAGGUUUGACAAGUGAGUUUCGGAAGAAACUGAAACACUAAUUGAAGGAGCAAGCGGAGGAAAACAGGAAAGGAGGAAGCGCAACCAUCAUCUUAAAGAAAUCGGCACGAAUGUUAUGGAACUGCGCACGAUGACCACCCCAAAGCAACAACGCGAGGAUCGAAGAUACUCGGUGCCCCACGGGAUGCAUGGAUCGCUACCACCCGGCGCAGCGGAUGAUCUUCACGCGUGGUCCAUCUAUCGCAACGACAGACAAAAUCUCAACUCAGACUUUGCCGACUCGGCACUAGGCUCGUCAGACAAAUCGCCACAACCCUACAGUCCACAGCAUCGCAGCAAUGGCUACCGGGACGAUCAGGCCAUCUCCAACCACCCCCGCUACGGAGGUCCCAAGUCCAACCCGUUGAACUCCAACAUGUACACCUACCUCAAGUUCGGCCUUCCACGGGUGUUUCCGCCGAAUGGCGGCGGAGGAGGUGGAGGCGGAGGCGGAGGUCGUGGCCGCAAUUCGUCCAAGGCAAAUGGCCGAGGUCGCGUCAACCGGGGCUAUCGGGACAGUACCGGCCCGGGACCGGGUUCCUCCGGGUACGACAGCAGCGAUAACGAAACCCACCGCGGUAGAGUGCCAGCUAAUUUAAGAAAAUAUCGUAGUGAAUCGGAUUUCCGUGCAAUUGGUGCAACCACAACCUCGCGGCCAAACUCGAGGGCCCAGGGUAUCCCCCUGGCAGCUCUGAAGCAGGCCAACAGCCGAGCCAGUAUAGCAGGGACUCACGUGUACAAUCCCUACGCCACCAAUCAACGGCAUCACAAUCUACGGUCGCAGAGCGAGGCGGAUCUACUAGCCGAGUGGGACUACGACGAGUCUCCCGUUUACGGCGAGACACGACUCUAUCCGGAAGAAAUCUACAACACACAAAGCCGACGGCACUCGAUAGCAGGAUUGGUUUACCCAAACAUUCAGGUUCACUGUCUGGACGUCCUACCGGGAAUGCGAGGAGUUUCACUGCAGGCCAAGGCAGGCGACCUGUUCGCCAUCAUGGCAACUUCACAACGAGAGGGAACGGCAUUGGUGGAAGCUCUGGCUGGUGUGCGGCAACGUUUGAGCGGAGAAAUUCUGGUCAACGGUCAACAGGUCAAUCGGCGUAUUCUACGCCAGUUAUGCGGCUACGUUCCGGCACUGGAACGGGCACCUCUAGAUCCAAGGAUGAGCGUUCAGAGUACCUUGUCAUUCCACGCCGCUCUUCGGGGACCGUACGACCGCAGUGACCUCAAGGAACGUGUCGAUAUCUUGGUGGAAGAUCUUGGUCUUACCGCCGUUCGUUCAGCCAACGUAUCCCGUCUGACCCACUCGGAGAAGCAAAGACUGAACGUCGCCUGCCAACUGCUGACGCAAUCCUCGAUACUGCUCCUGGAUCAGACCACCGUCAACAUGGAUAUCUUCGAUACGUUCUUCCUGGUGGAGUACCUCCGCCAGUGGUGCAGUGCUGGCCGAAUGGUCAUAAUGACCCUCCAGCCACCAACGUUCGAGAUCCUCUCCAUGUGUUCCGGCGUGCUGCUGCUAUCUGGCGGCAGGACCGUAUACUCAGGAAGCCGAGCGGAUCUACCGCGCCACAUGGGCCAGCUAGGCUAUCCUUGCCCACCGUUCAAAAAUCCCGCCGACUACUAUCUGGACUUGGUAACCCUGGAUGAUCUGUCGGCCGCCGCCCUGCUGGAAUCAUCGGCACGGAUCGAAUCACUAGCCAACUCGUGGGAUCACAUCAAUUCGGAAGCACCACUCGCAGCUCCCGUUGCCAAUCUGCCCGAGCCAACUCGCAGUGCCGGAUUCUUCGGACAAAUUCACGCCCUUGCUAAGAGGUAUAUGUCAUACAAACAACCGGGAUCACUUCUGAACUGGAUCUGUCGGUUGAUCCUGGCUGCUGUUCUGUCACUUUUCAUCGGAUGCAUCUUCUGGGAUGUUCCAGCCUCCGAUCCUCAGUUGAACCUGAACGAUCGACUAGGCUUUCUCCAUUGCAUCUUGAUGGUUUCACUGUGGCCACUGUUGAUCCUUCAAAUCCGAGACGUACAGGAGGACCGAAGGCAUGCCGAGAAGGACCUCAGGCUGAGUUUGUACGGAAGAUUUCUAUACAUUAUUAUACAGACAACGCUCAGCGUUCUGCCAAGUCUCUGCAUAUGGCUAGCCUAUCUGCUUCCAGCGCAUAGCAUGGCCGGUCUGUACGCGUCCCCGAGUAACAACGAUACGAUCAUCUACAUUUACAUGGGUUAUCUGUUACUCUACCUCAUGGCCAUACAAACGAUAGUGCUCUUCGUUGCUCAUCUUGUCUCGUGCGGAAUUUCCGGCACGAUCCUGACCACUCUGGUGAUGCUCCUUCUAUCCGCCGUCGGUGGCUACUCUAUCCACCCCCGAAACGUCCCCGAGUAUCUUCAGUGGGGCGAGAUCAUCUCACCAGAAAAGUGGAUCCUUCCGCUGCUCACCGAGCAAGAGUACAGCGUGGAAACGAUCGCCAUGCAAACAAGCCAGCAGAUGUGCCGCAACAAACAAGUCCAACACCAGGAGAUCAUCGUCCAACAGCCCUGCCCACCGCCAAACGGAACGGCCGUCCUGGUCGAUCACCUCCUGUUGCCGCAGGAUCACGUCCUCGAUCCGACCGAUAUGUACUCCUCGACGGUGCUGGGUCUCCUGCUAACCUGUAUCGUCUUCUUCGCUCUGUCCAUGUUCGUAUUCCUGACCAACUGCCGAAACGUCUGCCGGAGUCGGGUCGAUCGGCGGCAGAAGCGAAUCUAAGCGUGCUUCGCAAGUCGUUCUGUUUUAGUUGAUUCUUUUAUUUAAAUGAAAUUAUUAGACGGUACUAAUAUGUAAUUUUAAGGCGAACGAUAGAAAGCCAGGUAAACAGUAGCGGUCUAUUUUGGAGAAUUUUAAUCGGUUUAUUUUAAGGAAAAUAUACAUCGCGAGCCGAAAACGCUUUCGUAUUGCAAUGUAAAGUAGCACAGUACGAAAGGAAUGCAAAUUUCGCAACAACACAAAAAAAAGCUAGAAAUGGUAAGUAAGCGAAAGAAAACCUAGAAGAGAUAUAAAGAUAUACAUAUUU